AUGUACCAGCCGGAAACGGCCGAACUGCUGGACUUCGAAAAAAACGCCGUCGCAGAGGAUGCCAUCACCCUCAAGCCUCCGCCGCACGAAGCCAACGGUGCAGCCACAUCUGAUGAUGGAGAUUGUCGGCCGUAUGGGUUCCACAUCGUUCAAAACGGGCAGAAAAUACAUGCUAUCGCAGAACUCGAUAAGGUUGCGGAAUACCUUAAAACCUACCCACUCGCCCUAGUGCUCGCUAAGGUCGUGUGGAGGGAUAAGGGCUGCUUCAUCUGCAAACCGGACAUCGUAAACGAUCAGGCGCAUACAGGCACGUGUCACAGGAUCAUCAACUCGCACCUAUAUCGCAAGGCAUUUGGUUGCAAGGCGGCAAACAGGCGCGUAGCUCAUGCAUUAAAGGAAGGGGACAGGAUAAAGCUCGGAAGGGCAACUCUGAUCGUGCGCCACCUUGCGCGCAAGCCUGCAAAUUCGCUUUCAUACAUCCAUAACUUCAUGACGCAGACUGCCACGGAGGCCAGGCAGCCCGACUCCGACGUGGAGAUUGCGAACGAGACUUCAACGCCAGUAAAUGCGGUAGAACGUGCGCCAGUGACCGAUCUUAUCGUGGAGGCUCUACAUCGUACAAUAUCGAACGUCUCGACUGUGAUCGGGCACGAUUCAGCCAUGAACACGCAGCGGUCAGACACCAUGUCACCAGUCUCGAAGGAUGCGCCUAUUGAGAUAAUACGUGAAACGGAUCAAAACAUGUGCCGCAUAUGUCUGGAGGGAGAGGAAUCGGGCACACUGGUAGUGCCCUGCAAGUGCAAUGGCUCUAUGAAAUACGUGCACCUCGCGUGCGUGCGCACCUGGGUACAAGGGCGGCUCAACGUAAAGGACGAGAUGGGGAAACCGCAGCUCGCCUUCUUCCUCAAGAAUUUGAAGUGCGAACUGUGCGGAGUACCGUACCCAUCCUAUGUUGAUGUCGAUAGCGUAUGGACGGAGUUCCUCGGGAUUGAGGAACCCGUGCCUCCAUACGCCAUCCUGGAGCCAGAAAACGCGAGCAACACGGGACUACAUGUAGCAAGCCUAGCGGCGGCGCCCGUAAGCAUUGGGAGGAACGGCUCUUCGGACGUUGUGUUGCCAGACAUAUCCGUCUCACGGUGCCAUGCAACGAUGCACUACCGAGAGGGGCACUUCGUCAUCGAAGAUAAAGACAGCAAAUUCGGCACUCUGAUACAAAUGGCGGACGAGUACGAAAUACGCGUGGAGAGGGGCGUCCCCAUCGCGCUUAAAAUAGGCACCGAUGUGCUCUGCAUCGAAGCCAAAACAAAACGCAGCUUCGCCGAGCUGUGUUGCGUAGAUUACAGUCGCAACGCUGUCCGGAUAGUGAUUUGA